AUGGGAACCAGGGGCAGCCAGGAACAGGGACACAACCAAAAGGCAUUGCCAAGGAUGCUCGACAAACAGAAGAAAGCAGCCCAAGCCGCCAAACCACCAACAGCCGGGAUGCUAUCUCUUUUUGACGGUAAGUCCAAAAAGGACGCUGUGGGGUCAGAUGAUGAAGGUAAUGAUGAAGAUCAGGGCAAGACUGCCUCGGCCUCUGAUGAUGGUGGUGGUCUGGAGUCAGAGGAGCUGGCAAAGGUGCUGGCUAGGUUGAGCAUCAAGCAGCGGAUCGACGGUGUGAAGGUGUCAGGUUGGAGGUUGGGAGUAGCCUUGACGAGGGCAUCUCGAAGCUUGGUCAAAGCGUUGGGAUUCGAAGCUUGAGCCGUUGUCUUGGAAGGCGGAAAUUACUACAUGUAUAUUGGUGAUGGCGUAGGCUCCACCGG